CACAGCACGCAAAAUAACAAUUGUGCUGGACAUAUGGACCAAAAAGGACUUACAGCCUCAUUUCUGGCAAUUAGUGCAUGCUUUUUUGCAAUGUGGAAAACAAAGCACAACACAUAUUGUUGAGACUUGACCAGAUCGCCCACCCUCACACUGCAGAGUGUAUAAAAACCUGUGUUGAUCGAUGCAUAGAGGACUGGGGAAUACCACAACACAAAAUUCUGACAGUCAUAACUGAUAACGGAAGCAACGUGAUUGCAGCAUUCAAAGCUAAUGAACCGGAUGACCCCACCAGCUCCGAUGAUGAAUCCAUCGACACCAGUGAAACUGAAGACUCUGAGGUUUGGAGCCGUAGAUAGGACCCCCUGUGUUGUUCACACACUGCAACUUGUGGUGAAUAUGAUCCAGAAAGAUUUGAGUGUCAACCAACUGCUGAGCAUAGUUAGAGUGCUUGUCAAGCUCUUCCGCAAGUCAUCGGUGGCAACUGAGCGACUGCUGCAGCUGUGUCAUCUAACUGUGGUCAAAGACUGCCCUACUAGAUGGUCCAGCACAUAUCUGAUGAUGUCACGGCUUCUCCAAAUCAAGGACUCGGUAGUUCAGGUCGGGAUGGGAUGAGCUGGAACUAUCUACUACCAAGUGAGUGGCAGAGGCUGACUGCUCUAAGAGAUUUACUCCUCCCCUUCGCUGAGCAUACCCAGAUGCUCCAGAGCGACACACAGUCCCUAUCCCUUGUGGGGCCUGCCCUUCUGGACCUGCAGGGUCACCUGUCUGAGUUCCCCCAUGCCCAGGGUUCUAGCUUCAAGGACUUAGCUUCCCUGGCAGAGAAGAUGAAGGCAAACAUGGACAAGCGGUUCAGCUGCUUUUUAGAUCACACUGACUCUAAGUUUUCACCCCUCACUGCUGCUGCAUGCUUCCUCGACCCAACAGUUGCACCUGAAGCGCUCCUUGAAAACGAUGACGAGCAAUUUGAGGCGCUUUUGGAAAAAGCAGAAGAUUACAUUGCUCAAUCGCUGCCACCAGUAGUACGGGAGGAGGAGGCUGAAGAUGAGGAGCCAGAGGAGGAGGAGGAAGAAGAAGAGUCCAAAGAGAGACCACAGACUAGAAAGUGGCCCAGAUUCAAAUUCUUGUCAAAAGCAAGCCGGCCAUCCAGGUCUAGCCUUCCAAAGUCGUGUGUCAAGGAGGAAAUGAGGAAAUUCAAGGAGCAGCUGUCAUAGCCCAUAAACCAAGAGACUACCUUUGAAUUUUGGGCUGCACAGGGAGAUUCUGUUUAUCCAAUCCUAAAAUCUAUCGCCUUGGAUCUUCUGGCCAUGCCAGCAUCUCAAGCAUUUGCUGAGAGAGUGUUAAGCAUUACAGGUGACCUCAGUCGUGGCCACCGGAAUAGAGCAAGAGUAAUUUUAGAGCUAAGCGCUUUCCUCAAACUCUAUCGAGGUCGGUAGGCUAAUUUUGCUGUUACUGGGAUAUUUGUUUUUGUUGUGAGACUGCACAAGGGGUAGUAAGACCCCCUCUCUAAUUCAUAUAGUUAAACAUUUUUGGGGAUUUUUAUUAUUUUAUUACUUUGUUUUAGAAUGUUUGCACAAGUUAACAUGCACUGGGGUUGUAUGGUUAUUUUUUUUUACAACAUUUUGUUUUGCAACUUAAUUGCACUGGCAGACAAGGUCAAGUUGAGUGGAUGUUACUCAUCCAUUUUUGGGCAUGUCUUUGCACAAUUUUAAUAAAUAAAUACAA